ACUGUGAUAGUCUAUCAAAGGGGACGACUGAGAAAUGGCGGCUGCAUCGGCGCCCCAUUCGAAUUCCCGACUGGGCAUUGUCGAGGACAUGGCGAAGCUGGGCGUCUCAUUAGGCUUGAAAGCUAGGCUUUGCAUCCGGCAGUGCACCCUCCUGAGCAAGGCGAUGGUGGAGGUGAGUGAUCUGGUGAGGGAAUGUGUGCUCUUCAUCACUGCAGCCAUUGAGGAGGAGCUGCUUGCCGCGAUGAGAAACGGGGUGGAGCUCAUCCGAUCUUGCAAGACAAAAGGGACCUGGUGGAGAGGGCGGAUCUCUGUGGGUUGGGUCAUCACAGCUCUGCUUCAUGAGGAGAGACGGUCAGAGUUUGUGGAGGCUUACGACGCACUGCUGGAAGCUGCUCGAAUCGCAAUCUCCCCCUCUGUGGCAAAGCACGGUUACACCUCAUCAAGUGCGAAGAUCAUCAUCGGGCGACUGAUGUCUGCUCAAGAAUUGCUGAGCAACGAGGCGGACGCAGACAGAGAUGAGCUCGUGAGAUUGAUACGUGACAGUUUGAUUCUUCCCAGAGGACUGAAGCUCCUACGCAGCAGGCUAGUCGGUGCUUACCCUCAAAACCAUCUGCUGGCUAGUGAAGACAUCGAACGGGGUCAGGUGCUUGGCCAGGGUGCCUACGGCUGUGUUUACGAAGCCAAGUUUCUUGGAAUCCCGUGUGCUGCUGUCAAGGAUAUCAUUGUCGCCAGAAGCCCCGGAUCGGUUCACGAUCAGGAUCAUCUUCCAUUCGAGAUCCAGGCUCAUCUCACUGUGAAGCAUUCAAGCAUCGUUAGCGUUCUGGGAUAUUACAGUACCACUCGCAGCAGCAGAUCCUCAGGCAAGCAUCAGCAGCAGCAGCAGAUCUAUUCGCUGCUGAUGGAGAGGAUGGAUAGGAACUUGACCGAGCUCAUAGAAGAAGAAACCAAAACGUUGAACUCGUCGUCCACAUCAACGUCGUCGACGACGACCCCGCCAUUUGCAAUGCGAGAAUCACUGUCCAUCAUGCUGCAAGUCGCCGCCGCUAUGGAGCUCCUGCACUCCAAAGACAUGAUUCACAGAGAUCUCAAGACGGACAACAUACUCGUACGCCAGCACCGGGACAUCGUCCGGGUGAAGGUUGCCGACCUAGGGCUGGCCUGCGUCCACCUUGGAGGCCUCCACACCGACAGGCGUGGUACCAAGAACUUCAUGGCACCUGAAGUGUACGCGUCCGAGACGUACUCGAAGAAGGCGGACGUCUACAGCUUCGCCAUGGUGUGCUAUCACGUACUCACCGGAACGCUGCCGUUCGCGGACGUCCUACGCAAACCCAUGCACGAGUUCUUCGCCAUGGUUUCUAAAGAAAAGAGGCGGCCUGUGAUUCCCGGGAACUGGCCGAUCGACUUGGUGGAGCUUGUGACGUCCUGUUGGAGGCAUGAGCCGGAAGAACGUCCGACGUUCGCCAUGGUUACGGAGAGAUUGAAGCUGAUACGUGCGUCCGUGGCUACCAACAUCAGCGUCGAGGAGGUAACGCUGUUCUUGAAGCAGGAGGAAGAAGUUUUUCCUUUUGUGGAGGAAAACGUUUUGCCAGCGAAUACAACAGCUUCGUUGGCCCAGUCUGAUCAUCAAUCGAGUUUCGUGGAUGACAUUAUCACCCGGCUGAUCGAGGUUCGCAAUGGCCGCCCCGCAUGCCAGGUGCAGUUAGCUGAGUCCGAGAUCCGGAAGCUUUGCCUAUGUGCGAAGGAGAUUUUCCUGUCGCAGCCGAACUUGCUCGAGCUGGAAGGGCCAGUCACGAUUUGCGGUGAUAUUCAUGGGCAGUAUUGGGAUUUACUCACAAUCUUUCAGGAUGGCGGGUUUCCUCCACUGACGAAUUAUCUCUUCCUCGGUAACUAUGUUGAUCUUGGCAAGCAGAGCAUCGAGACGAUCUGCUUACUCCUUGCUUACAAGAUCAAGUAUCCAGAACUGUUCUUCUUACUUCGGGGAAGCCAUGAAUGCGCAUCCGUGAACAGAAUCUUUGGCUUCUACGACGAGUGUAAGAGGAGAUACAACGUUCGAUUGUGGUUGACGUUUACAGACUGUUUCAGCACCUUACCAUUCUGCGCCCUGAUCGACGAUAAAGUCCUCUGCAUGCACGGGGGACUGUCGCCGGACCUGAAAUCUCUGGAUAUGAUCAGGGAAAUCGCUCGACCGACUGAUAUUCCGGAUGCUGGACUAGUUUGUGAUCUUGUCUGGGCUGAUCCUGAUAAGGAAAUCAGAGGAUGGGGUAUGAACAAUGAGCAUAGUUACAGAUUUGGAGCUGAUGUAGUUGCGGAGUUUUUACAAAAGCACGACUUGGAUCUCAUCUGCCGAGCUCAUCAGGUUGUGGAGGAUGGAUAUGAGUUUUUUGCAAGUCGGGGGCUUGUGACAUUGUUCUCGGCCCCAAAGUUUGCCGGCAAUGCUGGGGCCGUGAUGUGUGUGGAUGAGCAACUCAUAUGCAGCUUUAAGAUUUUUAAGCACGGAAAAACACGGGUAUGAGUUAUUGUUUCAGAGCUUUUUUCAUUUCGACUUCACAGGACGAACCCCUGCUGAACUUAUUCAGAUAGUGGGCAGAAAACACUUAGUUUUACAAACGCCUUACACCUCAGACUCCAAAUGCACGCAAGCAGCAGCAGCUCAUGAGGUUGAAACUCGGCGUCUGCUAGAAACCGUUCCACAUCCUCAGCGAAGAGGCCACCAACAAGUACGUUCCGCUAGUCAUCAGAUUCGUGACGCGAGGCAGAAAAACGGCGACACAAGGCUUGCAAGCGGCACAGUACCAAAACCAAAGUCGGUUUCAUACAGCGGGAAACGAUUCCAGCUUGUGAUCGUAAAGUCGGAUUCAGCAUCGCAGGGACACACCAACGGCAGUCCAAUGCACAGGAAAAAGAAAUCGAUUCCCAAAUUUUAGGGCGUUUUGGGUAUUUUUCAGAAUUUCAUUUUUGUCGGGACGGUA